AUGGCUUCCACUGAGAGCACAGCAGCUGCAAAUGGGAAUUUUGUGAAGACUCAAUUAAAAGGAGUUGCCCUCCCCUGCUCUGUCAGCCACCAGCCCGAGCUGCACACGAAUGCCAGCAUGCUGUCAUACAUACUCCUCUCUGGUUUGCUGCUCUCUGUGCAAGCACAGAACUGCACUGUCAGGGAAGUUAUCCGCUUUACAAACCAUCUGCUUAAGGAAGGUUCUCUGAGCUGCCCAUGUGGAGGGACAGCUGCCAGUUCCUGUUCUUGCCUUCCCAUUCCUGAGCCUGGCCACGAGCUGCCCUGCUUUGUGGAAGGCACUGAAUACCUGCUGAGAAACAACUUCACCUCCAGCACAGUUGUUGAGUGGCUAAACCUCACCUUCCAGAUCCAGCUGGACAGAAACCUCUGUGAAAGCCUGGCCCGUGGGGAUCAAUGCCAGUACAAGACCAAGGGAAAUGUGAAGGCAUUUUUGGAUAGAAUCCUGACAGCCUACCAAGGGAUCAACAAAUCUAAAGAUUACAAAAGGCUUUUUCAAAGCCCCAGAACCCUUCAUGCCGACAAAUCUGCAGCUGUUUGUUCUGCUCACAUGAACCUGUGA